AUGCCACUUCGAGUUUCAGGGAGUUGUAAAACUAUGGUAGGCGGGAGAUUGGCUGGUUCGACAGCUUUCCUGAGGUCUCAGACUUCUGCUGAUAGCUUGUCUCUCACAAUAAUUCUGUCUCCACCUUUCCCUUGUCUCUCCCAACCAUUCUGCCGGCUGCAGGACUGCCAAGAGCUCACCGAUGUGGAGAGAGCGAUUGAAAUUGUCAUCAACAACUUUCAUUGUUACGCUGUGAAGGGCCGCAAAGAGUGCCUUACCCCCAAUGAGCUGAAGGAGCUGGUGGGUCAGAGGCUCCCGCAUUUGUCCAAGGGUGUCGGGACGCUGGAUGAGAAGAUUGAGUGUCUCGGAGAUAAUGACGAGGCCAAACUGCAGUUUGGGGAGUACUGGGAUAUCAUGGGAGAUGCGGCCAAAGGGUGCAGAGUCCCAGGACAGAAGAAGUAA